CGCCAUUGCACUCUCUCUCUCUCUCUCUUGAAAGUUUAACUCCCAAUCCCAAAGUCCUCUAUCCGUCUUUCUCAGUCCAAACUUCCUACCAACACAACCUUCCGUCUCUCUCUCUCUCUCUCAUUCAUCUUCAAUGUCAGUCCCAGAAGCCCUGCACCCAUGCUAGGGCAGCGCCACAGCAGCACAGUUCGAUCCCCCCGAGCUCUAGAACUCGACAAGAAAUGGUGUUCAAGGGCCGGUUCUUCUCCUCCUCCAAGAAAUCCGACUCCUCCAGCGCCGACGGAUCCAAUUCCAGCUCACCCCGAUCCCUUUCUACCAACUCCAACUCACCCUCCCGAUCCGAUAAGAAGAAGCCCAAAGCUGCUUCCACCACCUCCUCCAAAGACAACCCCUCCAGUACCAGAACUCAAUUUAAAGAUGGAACCCAGAAGAAAGAUUCUAAAGGCAAAGAAACUGUCACCCCAAGUCAAACCCCGUCAAAGCCCGGCUCUAACCUUGGUUCUGGUUCCGGGUCGAGGACCAAGAAGGAGGUAACACCGGCGGAGGCUCCGUCGUCGGUGUCUCCGAUUCUAGCGUCGUCCCUGGGAUUGAAUAGGAUCAAGACGCGAUCGGGACCGUUGCCGCAGGAGAGCUUCUUCGGGUUUAGGAGCAGUGACAAGGGCUCCGCUCUUGGCGCCAGCAAUUUAUCGAGGCACGGCAAAGUCGAUACCGGGUCUGGUUCGGGCUCGGGUUCUGGAACUGGGGGGAAGAAGGAGGCCGUGGGUCCGAGUAGGAUGCUGGGGUUCCAAGAACAUUGGGUUGACAAUGGGAGCAACUCGGACAGUAUGUCCACUGGGAGUGCGCAGUCUAAAGACCAGAGUCCUAAUGUGAUUGCGCGCUCAUGUUUACAGAAUGGGGAGUCUUCCUCUCAACCAGGACGAUAUGGAUCGUCGUGGCGUCACUCUGGAGGCUUAAGAAGUUCAGAUGUUUGUACACCAGAGACUACAUAUGAUUGUGACAACCCAAAGGAGUCUGAGUCUCCCCGUUUUCAAGCUAUACUACGUCUCACAAGUGCACCUAGAAAGAGGCCAGCUGAUAUUAAAAGUUUUUCUCAUGAACUAAAUUCCAAAGGUGUUAGGCCUUUCCCAUUUUGGAAGUCUCGAGGCUUAAACAACUUGGAGGAAAUAUUGGUCGUCAUACGUGCAAAAUUUGACAAAGCAAAAGAAGAAGUGAACUCUGAUUUGGCCGUUUUUGCAGCAGAUCUGAUCGGAAUUCUUGAAAAAAAUUCAGAUAGUCAUCCUGAGUGGCAGGAAACUAUUGAGGACUUGCUGGUUUUGGCUCGGAGUUGUGCUAUGACAUCUCCUGGGGAGUUUUGGCUUCAGUGUGAAGGCAUAGUUCAGGAAUUGGAUGAUAGGCGUCAAGAACAUCUGCCAGGCAUGCUGAAGCAGCUUCAUACCCGAAUGCUUUUCAUUCUUACAAGGUGUACCAGAUUGUUGCAGUUCCAUAAAGAGAGCUUGGCUGAGGAUGAACAUGUUUUCCCACUUCGUCAACCUACAAUCCCGAAUUUUGCAGAAAAACGAAUUCCUCCUGGCAUGGGAAGGGAGUCCAAAAGUUCUAGUUCUGCAAAGGCCUCAAACGCAGCUUCAGCUAGGAAAUCUUACAGUCAGGAGCAGCAUAGUUUGGAUUGGAAAAGGGACCAUGUUAUUCAACCAGGAAAUUUUCUCUCACCUCCCGCAAAUGACUCUUUAAAAAGCUUGGAGCCUCCCUUAGUCAGGGAUAAGAUAGCUUCUUGGAAGAAACUCCCAUCUCCACCAGGAAAAAACAUGAAAGAUACUGUUCUGUUGAAGGAGCAGCAUGAGGGUAAGGUUGAAACAUUGAGAAAAGUAAAUAGCAGGAGAGCCACUUCUGACACAGAUUUGGCUGUAGCUAAGCCUCCUGAGCUUCCUCCUGCAAAAGAUUCCCACGAACAUUCCUCCAAGCACCAACACAGAAUUUCUUGGGGUUACGGGGGAGAUCAGCAACAUAUAUCUGAUGAAACUUCAAUUAUAUGCCGCAUUUGUGAGGAGGAGGUCCCCACUUUAAACGUGGAAGGUCAUUCAAGAAUUUGUGCUAUUGCUGAUCGAUGUGAUCAGAAAGGUCAACGUGUCAAUGAGCGUCUUGUCAGAAUUUCUGAAACUCUUGAGAAAAUGACGGAAUUAUUUGCUCAGAAGGAUGUUCAACAUGUAGUGGGAAGUCCAGAUGUUGCAAAAGUAUCAAAUUCGAGUGUGACGGAAGAAUCUGAUAUUCUUUCUCCAAAACUCAGUGAUUGGUCUCGAAGAGGCUCAGAGGACAUGCUCGAUUGUUUUCCGGAAGCUGAUAAUUCAGUGCUUAUGGAUGAUUUGAAAGGUUUACCUUCCAUGACAUGUAAAACUCGUUUUGGUCCAAAAUCCGAUCAAGGAAUGACAACUUCAUCUGCUGGUAGUAUGACUCCCCGGUCUCCAUUAUUGACACCAAGGAGCAGUCAGAUUGACUUGCUCUUGGCAGGAAAGGGUGCCUACUCGGAGCACGAUGAUGUUCCACAGAUGAAUGAGCUUGCCGAUAUUGCACGAUGUGUAGCAAAUACACCUUUGGAUGAUGAUCGCUCUAUGCCAUAUCUACUGUCUUGUCUUGAAGACUUGAGAAUUGUUAUUGAGCGCAGGAAAUUUGAUGCACUUACAGUGGAGACAUUUGGGACACGCAUUGAGAAGUUGAUUCGGGAGAAGUAUUUGCAGCUCUGUGAGAUGGUGGAUGAUGAAAAAAUUGAUAUGAACAGUACCAUAAUUGAUGAAGAUGCUCCUUUGGAGGAUGAUGUGGUCCGUAGUCUGAGAACAAGCCCUAUACAUUCGUCUAAGGACCGUACCUCUAUAGAUGACUUUGAGAUUAUAAAACCAAUCAGUCGUGGAGCAUUUGGACGGGUUUUCUUGGCUAAAAAGAGAACAACUGGGGACCUAUUUGCGAUAAAGGUUCUUAAAAAGGCAGAUAUGAUCCGGAAGAAUGCCGUUGAAAGUAUAUUAGCAGAACGUGAUAUUUUAAUUUCAGUUCGCAAUCCUUUUGUGGUUCGCUUCUUCUAUUCUUUUACAUGCCGUGAAAAUUUGUAUCUCGUGAUGGAGUAUCUGAAUGGAGGAGAUUUAUAUUCGUUAUUGAGAAAUUUGGGCUGCUUAGAUGAGGAUGUUGCUCGCGUCUAUAUAGCAGAAGUUGUACUUGCUUUGGAAUAUUUACAUUCUCUCCGCGUAGUCCAUCGUGAUUUGAAGCCUGAUAAUCUUUUAAUUGCACAUGAUGGCCAUAUUAAGUUGACAGACUUUGGGCUUUCUAAGGUUGGUCUCAUCAACAGCACUGAUGAUUUGUCUGGUCCAGCAGUUAGUGGGACAUCCCUACUUGUGGAAGAUGAACCAAAGCUAUCUGUAUCCGAGCAUCAGCGAGAAAGGCGGAAAAAACGCUCUGCUGUGGGCACACCGGAUUAUUUGGCACCAGAGAUACUUUUGGGAACAGGACAUGGUGCAACUGCAGAUUGGUGGUCCGUGGGUGUCAUAUUAUUUGAAUUGGUUGUUGGCAUUCCACCAUUCAAUGCAGAACAUCCUCAGACCAUAUUUGAUAAUAUUCUCAAUCGUAAUAUACCUUGGCCCCGGGUACCAGAAGAAAUGAGCCCUGAAGCACAAGAUCUAAUCGACAGAUUACUUACAGAAGACCCUGAUCAGAGACUGGGAGCCAGAGGAGCAUCAGAGGUGAAGCAACAUGUAUUCUUCAAAAAUAUCAACUGGGACACGCUUGCCAGGCAGAAGGCUGCAUUUGUUCCCUCUUCAGAGAGUGCGCUAGAUACCAGUUACUUCACAAGUCGCUACUCGUGGAAUCCUUCGGAUUACACUGCAUAUCCCGCCAGUGAAGAGGAUUCCAGUGAUAAUGACAGCAUAAGUGGCAGCAGUAGUUGCUUAAGCCAUCGCCAGGAUGAAGUGGGAGAUGAAUGUGGGGGUCUUACUGAAUUUGAGUCUGGCUCUUCUGUCAAUUACUCCUUCAGUAAUUUCUCAUUCAAGAAUCUAUCCCAGCUGGCAUCAAUAAACUAUGAUCUCCUAUCUAAGGGUUUCAAGGACGAGCACCCGACAAAUCCUAACGCAUGACUUUUCUGCCAGUCGAAAGCCAGGAAUGGGUUUUUGGAUUUGGUUGAGUUGGCAUAUUUGUGGGGCUUAAUCACGGUGUUAUUGUACACCCUGUACAUAAAUAGAAGAGAACGUAAGAGGCUAAACUGGUUCGGGAUGCUCUUAGAGUUAACAGGUCUAAUCUUUGGGGUUUCAAUAUUAGAGUUGAGCUGUUUUGUUUGAUUUUACGAACCUUUGCCCCUAAUGCCCCCAUUGUUGGUUGCAGUGUUGUCUUAUUGAGUUGGUUCUUUUUUUCUCCAUAGAAAUUAGAACACUCCUGUAUGUACAGUUGACCAUUUAGUUUAUGAAAUUUUCGUUUUCUUA